AUGGAACAAACGCCUAAGCGUUCGGUUAGCUGCCUGGAAUGCGGAAAUAUGCCAUAUUACCAUCCAAACAUCAAAAAGAUGGAGCAGGUCAUACAGAUCAUGAGUAAAAACGGCAAUGUUCGAGGCUUAAUCCACAUCCAAAUCUACAACGUCGAGAAUAAUAAAUACUCGAUCGGUAACCAACUAUUCGAUACCAUACCGGAACUAAUCGACUUCUUCUCAAGCAACCCCAUACAGAAUAUGGAGAACCUGAAAAACGUGCUGCUACAAACACCCAUUUAUUUCUACGGAUCGCCUUCCGCUAAUAAUUUCUCCUCUCCGAGAAGCAGUUUUCAGCACCCGCCAAUCACAAAGAGUCGUAGCCUGGCCGAAAAUAACAGCAACAACAACAAUAAAGGCGAGUAUGUUUUCGACGGUAAUAACAACAAUCCUGAAUCGAACCGGGAAGAUUACAUACAUCCGGGACCCAUGCCCAGAACAAUCCAGAGAUUAUCUAAUAACAUUGAUAGUCCUUUCAAUAAUAAUAAUAAUAAUAACAACAACAACAACAAUAAUAAUAGCAAUAACAAUAAUAGAAACAACAGUAAUUUGACAGAAGAUAGCGAUCUGUAUAACGAUUUAGAUGAAUUGGCGGUGGAGGCAGAUGAUAGUAAGAAUAAUGAAAAUAAUAAUAACGACAACAAAAAUAACAAUAACAAUAAAACUAACAACAACAACAACCAAUGCCCAUCAGACACAGGCUAUGCAGAUAGCGACACAAGCAGAGAGAUAUUAGACACGUUAAACCUGCCACAGAACUGGAAACUUGUGAAGUACCGUAACAAAACCAGCAACAACAAAAACAUCAACAACAACCAUUCCAUUUACACAAACUGUUCACAACACUUUUACAAAUUUUACUACAGCUCACCAGAGGACGCCGAAAAUUCAUAUUACAUAGACAGCCUUCCUCUAGAUGUCAUACUACUGCUCAAUGCUGACAUGUUACUGCGCGUGCAAACGUUUUGUAAUAGUGUGAAAAAAACUUCAACUUCGACGAAACCGAAAAGCGGUCAGAAUAUUUUGGCCCCAAAACAAGAUGGCGGUGGUACCCCUAACCAGUCUUCUUGGCAAAACGGAAGUGCGAAUUCAGCUGUUGUUAAAACCGGACCAAACUCCUCGCCUUACCUGAGCAUGGAUAAAUGCACUAAAUCGAUGAAAUCAGCUAAAUUAUAA